AUGGACGUCUUCACCAGACUUGCUUCCGGAAUCUACCUGUGCCGACCCAGUCGAGGAGACCACCACCACCAUCACCACAGACAAGCUCCGCGCGGCCGAUUCCAUAUCCACGGCAUCAUCCUCCAGGACGUCCGCGACGAAGACCUCUAUCGCAAAAUCGCCCACGCCAGCGACCGCGUGGCGGAAGCGAAGGCAACGUACGAAUCCCUACGCAAGCGACGCCAGGCGCUGCGCGAGCAGGUGCUGCAGCUGGAUGCGCAGAUGGAGGCCGAACAGAGAGAGAUAGCGCGUCUGCGGGAGUUUCGUGGCAAGUGUGUGGACGAACAGAAGGCGAGGGAGAGGGACCAGGAGGAGAGAAGGAGGGGAAGGGCGCCGUGGGAGCACGUCAGAAAUGUGAGGCGGAGUCCCCGACACAGCUGGUGA